AUGUCUCCCCCAACUCUCCGCAGACUUGCUCUCCAAACUGCAAUCCGUGUCGCCGACCUUAUCUACGACUUUGCAGACAUGCCCUUCGAAAUGGCGCUCCCAAUUCUUCGCAACGUCCACGACCCAAACCAGCUCGCCGAGAUAGAGAAGAACAACCCCGAGUACGCUGAAAAGACCGAGAAGCUCUGGAGGUCUUUCAUCGAGCGCGACAUUCCCAACUGCGAGGACAAGAUGAUCUUCCCCAACAAUCCAUGCAGCUGGGGCAAGGUCUAUCGCAAGAUGAUGCGCGAAGAGAAGGAGAGAAUCGCCAAGGACGAGGAGAUCCUGCGCAAGAGCAUGCAGGGCGAGGCCAUUAAGAAAGCCAAGGCUGCUCCUCUCUUCGUCAAGAAGGCUCUCCCGCACGCCCGCGCCGAGGACGAGACCAACGACUACAUUUACGGCGUCAAGCGCUCUGAGUACAAGGCCAGCGGCUGGGACAACUACGACAAGGAGAAGAAGCCCAACCUCAAGAACGCCAAGAACGGCGCAGAGGCCCUUGCUGCCCUUCGUCGCCAGACCGCCCUCGCCCAGAGUGCGAGAACAGCUACCAAGCCCCUGAUGGGUCCCGCCGCUCGUCAGGAGGCCCUCGAGGCCGGCAAGCGCCAGAUCAAGGCUCCGCCAGCGAGCAUGAUGCGCGGACAACAGAACCUGACCAUCAAGCCACGCGAGCUGCUCCCACACGAGCAGGCGAUGCUCGAGGAGCGGAAGCGACUGUCGAACUCCACCACCAGAAGCACGAUCGUCCCACCGAGGACGCGUUUCGCGAAUGAGAAGAUUGCAAAGCGCAAUGCUCCGAUCAUCCAUGCGGCUGCAGCCCAAGCUCGAGCGGACCAAGAGGAACGUCUCCGCCGCCUGACCCAACCGCAGAGGAAGACAGUGACCGUCAAGCCGAUUCAGCAAGCUUCGCCGCCAGCUGUAGCUACAAAGAGCGCCGUCCCUACCGCUACUGCAAACACUCCCCAACAGAAGCCGAAGGCAGCUUCACCACCAACCGCAGUUGCCAGGCCCGCUGCUUCCGCCGGUGCGGCUUCGAGCGCUGCCGUCAAGGCUGCUGCUGGCUCUGCUUCGAGCGCACCCAAGUCUGCGCCGCAGAAGUCAGUAGUCACCACUCUUGCAUCGUCGCUCUCUCCGCCACCGGCCGAGAUCAAGAAGCGCAAGCGCCUCGACGACGACGAGCCAGAGAUGCUCGAGCCGGCCAAGCCCAACGUCAAUCUCGUCGACAGCCCGGCAAGCAGCCCACCACGCAAGACGAUGCAGAAGCCAAAGGUCAACAUCUUCAUGACCAACAAGAAGCGCAAGCUCUGA